AUGUUUGUUUUCAACACUCUAACGAGGUAUUUGAAAUCAUAGAAUUAUUGGAAUUUCCUGUUUUCUAUAGGAUGUAGGUUACAUUUUCUUAAACGAUUAUAGACACUGAAGCAUUAUUUAUAAUCACUUAUUUCAAAAUUAAUUUCACUUAAUCAGCGAUGUUUAUUUCGUUUUAGCCGUGAUUUAUGCUCGGCUUCUUUUUUUUACGAAGUAAUGCUUUCAUUAAAUUUAAUGAUUUUAUCUUGUUUGCGUUCUCAGUCUUAUACGGGAAGGUAUGAUAAAGCUUCUGUCUUUCUCUGGAAAAAAAUACCAUUAUGAGCAGAUAUAGAGGUGGCUAUCGAGGCGGUUGGGAAGAGCGUGGUCGACCACGUAGAGGUGGUGGCAGAGGUGGUGGUCAUCGCCAAUAUAGCAAUGAGUACGAAUAUGAGUUUUUCGGUGCAUAUGAUCAGCCUAAAAAUAAAAGCAAUAAGAAGUAUGAAAAUCACUCUCAUCAUGACAAAGACGAUUCCAAAUAUGAAAAAAAAGAAAAGAACAGGGAUAAAGACGAUAAAGAUAAGCAAAAACAUGAAGGAGUAUAUUCUAGACUUGAGCAAUCUGGCAAACACGCUGAAAAUGAAACUAGGCGAUUGCAAGAACUCAAUAAGCAAGAGGCUGAUGAAAAACUGCAGGAAAAAAUUAUGUUGCAAAAGAUUGAAGAGGAAAAAAAGGCCCAAGAAGAAAAGAAAAAAGAAGAGCUUAGAAUACAGGAGGAGGAGAAAAAACGUAAAGCCGAAGAAGAUAGAUUAAAGAAGAUAGAGGAGGAGAAACUCUUAGAACAAAAGAGGAUUGAAGAUGAAGAAAAAAGGAAAUUACAGGAGGAAGAGGAUGAGAAGAAAGUAUUGAUAUCGUUUAUUGAGGAAUUUAAAGAGAGACUUGAAACAAAGAAGAGUUACCGGGAACAAAAUUUUAAAUCGAUAGGCAAAAGACCUGACGAGAGCUUCUUUUCCAAAUUGGACUCCAGUCUCAAAAAGAAUACUGCCUUUGUAAAGAAAUUAAAAAAUUUGGCGGAUGGGCAAAGAGAAUCACUAUGUAAAGAUGUUUCAACUUUAAACUUAUCAAAAUAUAUAACCGAAUGUGUUUCUGCUAUCGUUGAAGCGAAAUUGAAGUUAUCAGAUGUUUUCUGUGCUGUUCAAGUUUCUUCUUUAAUUCAUCAAAGAUACGUAGAAUUUUCCAAUCUCCUAUUAGAUUUACUGCAAAAGAAUUUACCUUCUAAAGUGGACAAGAUUACUAAUCAUUCAAAAUAUCGUGUUGAUAUUCGACUGUUAUCUGAUUUGAUAUCUUACGGAGUAUUCCCUUUGGAUAAAGGAUUACCAAUCUUACGUAACCAACUUAAAAUCUUGGUUGAAGAUUGUGAACAAUAUAUAAAUGUUGUAAUAUCUUUUUGUCGACAUUGUGGAGAGGAUUAUUUGGGAAUAGUGCCUCGAAAAUUUCGAAUUCUUUCUGAAAAGCAUUGUUUGACUGUACCUGAAAGUAAUCUAUUAAAAAUGGAAAAUCGGAUAGAAUUUCAGCAAAUCUUGAAAAAUUAUUACGCGGUUUUUGCUCAAGCUGUAAUAAAAGACAAGGAGAGUUUACUGAAACUUGAAAAACAGGCAAAACGGGUUCUACAGGCGGCCAGAACUGAGAUUGCAAAAAUGUUUAGUUGCAAUCCAAUCACGGUUCAAAGCAUAGAGAACAAGUUUAAAGAAUUUCGAAGUAUGAAAGACUUACAUAGGUCUGGUAGACCACAUAAAAUAACAAGAAGAAUGGAAUUGCAGAUUACAAAAAUGUGCAGAUCUAAUCCAAAGUGGACAGCACAAGAAACAAAGGGAGAACUCUCUGCGGAACGUAAAGAAAAGUUAGAAGCUGCUCAACAAUCCCAUUCUAAGAUGGUCGGGAAUUUAAACAUCCUUUCUGACCUGCUGGAAGAGGAUUUGCCUGAAAUUCCAGAAGAAGAAAAAGAUGAAAUGGAUAUAACGUUAGACCUUAUUCAAGGGAAUAAAGCAGGAGAGUAUGAACUGGAAACCCAAAAUCAAUUAUUUGAAGAUGAAGACGAAAGAAAUUUUUAUGAACACUUGAAAGAUCUCAAGUCUACACUUCCUCAAAUUCUUUUUAAAGAUUGUCCUACUACGGAUAAUGUAGAAACCGUCGAGGAUCAGCAAACAACUGCAGAUGAAGACUUGAAAGUCGAAGAUAUUGAGAAGGAAUUGGAAACUGUUGAAGAUUCUGAAAAGAAAGAAGAUGAACCAGAGCCAAAUUUACCCGAUGAUGAUGAGGAUGAUGUAGAUAUAAACGGUUCUAUGAAACUGAUUUUUGAUAAUUUUGUAAAGAAUUUACCGAAUUGUGUUAAUCGCGAUAUGAUUGAUAGAGCUGCAGAGGAUUUCUGCACGAACAUGAAUACAAAAGGCUAUAGAAAAAAAUUAGCCAAAGCUUUGUUUAAUGUUCAACGGACAAGAUAUGAUUUGUUACCUUUUUAUUCUCGAUUUGUUGCUACUUUGCAUCCUUGCAUGCCAGAUGUUGGCGAAGAUCUCAUCUCCUAUCUUAAGUCGGAUUUUCGGCAUCAUUUGAGAAAAAAGGACCAAAUUCACAUUGAAAGUAAACUAAAGACUGUGCGAUUCAUAGGAGAACUAACCAAAUUUAAAGUUUUUCCUAAAACUGAUACUUUGGCCCUUCUAAAGUCUUUAUUGUAUGAUUUAAAACAUCAUAAUAUUGAAAUGGCUUGUGCUAUGUUGGAAAGCUGUGGUCGAUUUUUGUAUAGAUCGCCAGAUUCUCAUUAUCGGACAAAGGUCUACUUAGAUGUUAUGCUACGGAAGAAAGCAGCAUUAGCCCUGGAGUCUCGUUAUAAUAUAAUUAUAGAAAAUGCAUAUUACUAUUGUAAUCCUCCAGAAGGUAAAAAAGAAGAGCGAAAAGAAAGACCACCAAUGCAUCAAUAUAUUCGAAAAUUACUAUAUAAAGACUUGACGAAACUAACUAUAGAAAAAGUCCUAAAACAGCUAAGAAAGUUGGACUGGGACAAUGAGGAAAUUAAAGAAUAUGUAAUUAAAUGUAUUUCAGCCAUUUGGAAUGUUAGAUUUAAUGGUAUCUACUGUGUGGCUAAUGUUCUAGCUGGGCUGUCUGCUUAUCAUGAAGAUGUUGGAAUAGCCGUAGUGGAUAGUUGCAUUGAGCAAAUCCGAUGGGGACUGGAACUCCCACGCCUUUCAAUAUUCAAACAGCGCCGACUGGCUGUGUUAAAAUUUAUUGGAGAGUUGUAUAACUACAGAUUAAUUGAAAGCGCUUUGGUAUUUAAAGUCCUUUUCUCUUUAAUAAGUUUUGGGGUCAAUUUUUCUGAUGAAGAUCCCUAUGAUCCCCCUCUGGAUCCAUUUCGCGUUCGACUCGUUUGUACUGGAUUAGAUGUAUGUGGAGGAUAUUUCGAUAGAGGAAGCUCUAAGAGACGAUUGGAUUGGUUCUUAGUGUAUUUUCAAAGAUAUUUCUUUUUUAAGGAGAAACAGUUUAAAGACGCUCAGAUAGAAUUCCCGUCAGAAGUCUAUCAACAAGUUGACGACUUAUUCUCAAAUCUAAGACCAGAUAUGAAACGUUUCAAAUCAUAUGAAGAAGCUAACGCGGCUUGUGAAAAGCUAGAUAAAGAUUUCUAUGAGAAACUAAGAAAGAAUCUCCCUGAACUGGAAGAAGCAACAGCCUCAGAUGAAGGACUAAAUACAAUUCCUGAAGACGAAGAAGAAGAUGAGAAUGAUCGACAAGAAGAAUAUCCAAACAAUCCCCGAUCUGAAGAUGAAGAUGAAGACACUCUGGAAGGAUCUUCAACCGAAGGAGAAGGACUAGACUCUCAUGAAGACGACCUCGAUAACGUUAAAGUUCACUCAAAACUUGAUUCCGAACCAACAGUAGAGGAUACAGAAUUUUUAUCAGCUUUCGAAAAGACAAUGUCUGAAAGCUUACAAAGCCGCCAAACAGAAACCGUCCGAUAUCCCCAAUUUGAUGCCUCUGUCCCAAUUAACUUAAAAACUCAACAAAGGAAAGCAGGCGCUGCUGUACCUGGAGAAGUUGAUGAUGAGAAACGAACUGUUAAUUUUGUGCUCAUGACACGUAGAGGAAACAAAAAUAAUUUCUCAGCACUUCAUGUUCCACUGGAUGCAAAAUUAGCCGAACACAGUCGCGAACGUGAAAAAGCGGAACGUGAAGAAAAAUUGAGAAUGAAACAGAUGGUUUUAGAUAUUCACGAACGGCAGGAAAAUGAGGAUUACCGAGUGCCUUACAUUGAUAACAUGGCUCCGACACCUUACAAAGAUAAGUUAAUGCAUAGUCAAAACAAGGGAGUACCAGACGCCGAUUCUAUCUUUGGAAAAACAAGAAAGCAGUGA